CCCGGCGCUGCAGCUUUCCCUUUAAGAGCCCUUUGGCUCACGGCGAUGCACUGAAAUGCAGGAGGUGGGACAACACCACACACAAAAAUGAAGAAGUGAAGGCAGGAAAAGUUUCUCCAGAGGAAAAAUGYAGGGCUUGUCCUUCACCGUGACGUCAGAUCUGUCUUUAAUAAAAUCCCCAAAGAGCCAAGAGAAAAAGGCAGAGUGCCUAGGCUAGGUUGCCAGUUCAGGAUUGCUCUGCAUUCCCCAAAGUGGUGUUUUUGUUCAAAACGGCUCUAAAUCUGGGUUCAAUCAAAUGUAUUUAAUCCCGGCUUCCAGGGAUGAGGUGGCUUUUGCCCUGGAUUCUAGCAGCAAGCAGCAUUUUGCAGGCCACUGCCCAGACCUCCCCCAGCAUGAACAGCACCGUCCCAGCCACGACAGAGACCUACACACGGACCCAGUACUGCAAGUGGCCCUGCGAGUGCCCCAAGUCCCCGCCACGGUGCUCUGUCGGUGUCAGCCUGGUCACAGAUGGCUGUGAGUGCUGCAAGACGUGCGCCAAACAGCGCGGGGAGAGCUGCACCGAGGCCGACACCUGCGACUUCCACAGGGGCUUGUACUGCGACUACAGCCGAGACAGACCUAGGUACGAAAUAGGAGUAUGUGCACAGAUUGUUGGUGUAGGAUGUGUCCUCAAUGGGGUCAGGUAUAAGAAUGGGGAGACGUUUCAGCCCAACUGCAAAUACAACUGCACGUGCAUUAAUGGGGCCGUGGGCUGUGUUCCCAUGUGCACAAACUCRCGUCCUCCGCUUGUCUGGUGCCCAAACCCAAAGCUGAUUAAGAUGGCAGGGAAGUGCUGCGAGCAGUGGGUUUGUGAUGACUCCAGGAAAAUCAGGAAGACAUCUCCRCGUCACAUAUCCUCUGCAGCUUAYGAGGGAGAGGAUGAAGCCUGGCAGAAGAACUGCAUCGUUCACACCUCACCCUGGAGUCCCUGCUCAAAGACCUGUGGGCUGGGCAUCUCCACCAGGAUUUCCAACGACAACGACCAGUGCCGGCUGCUGAAGGAAAGCCGCCUGUGCAACAUGAGGCCCUGCGAGGUGGAUAUAACCCAGCACAUCAAGCCUGGGAAGAAGUGCUUGGCUGUCUACAGGGCCAAUGAACCCAUGAACUACACCAUCUCAGGAUGUGUGAGCAAAAGUCCAUACAGGCCCAAAUACUGUGGUGUCUGCACAGACAACAGGUGCUGCACCCCCUACAAGUCCAAGACUAUUGAAGUGAGGUUUCAGUGCCCAGAUGGAACUGAGYUUUCCUGGAAAAUCAUGUGGAUCAAUGCUUGUUUUUGCAACCUGAACUGCAGGAACCCCAAUGACAUCUUUGCCGACUUGGCUCAUUACCACGAUUACUCUGAAAUCGCUAAUUAAAUUGGCUGAAUGCUGGAAUUGACCCUUUGCUCUGAUUUUACAGAGGCUUUAAAAUAAAAGGACAAUCUUCAUUCAUUGCCAAUGUACAAUUUGUUUUUUUCCUGAGUUAAGAUGUUAAAUAUCUUUGUUUUGACACACUGUUCUUGGAGAGGCCUUGAACAAACAGGAUUUUUAACUCYAAUAGAUCUUCAUCCAUUAACAGCAGACAGAAAUUUCUUUAUGCACAGAUGCUGGGACUUAAAUGRCAGUUCUCUUGGUGCUGUCAUUUACCAGGGCAGCAGUUUAAUUGCCCAAAGGAAAGAACAGUACRCUAGUAUGACAGCAAAAGUAUGGCUGUCAUUAGCUUAGACAUGAGAUUCCGACAUCCAUAUUGUCAUUUAUUGAAUUUCAUUGUCURAGCUGGAAAAUAGACAUAUAUGUUUUAUUUUCAACAUUAGACGCCAGGAUUUGAUAGUCUGACCCUAGCAACUAAAGUCUAGUAUCUGUCACACUGAGAWCAGCCCUAGAACUGCCCCUCUGUUAUUCUCAGUCAGAUCCUACUCCA